AUGGUUGAUGCUUAUUUGACUUGUGGUUCGAAACUUGUUGACAUCACUAAUGAAUUUUUUAAAGCUUGUGAAGAAUUGGAAACUGGCGAAUUUUCCAUGUCAAAUGACUUUAAAAUUUCCCAUGCUAUGAGUGCUAUAGAAAUUAUGGAUCCGAAGAUGGACUCUGGAAUGGAAUUUUUUGAAUGGAAAAUGCUUAAUUUUACUGAUAAGGCAAAACUUACACAAGAAAUUCUGAGACUGCCUGUUAAAGAAAUUAUUGCAACAUUUGACGCUACCUUUGCAACUAUCGCUUCCUGGCUGAAUUCUCAACCUUUGGAUCAAACAAUUUUCUCAAAUUUGUGUAUGUGUGAUUCUGAAUUAAUCAAGAACAAUAUUUAUUUGUAUACACUAUCAACGGCAACUUUACACUUUAUUAGUUUAUUAAAACUAUACUUUAGAUGUGCUUCUGUUUCGAAUGAGGAGGAUGUCUGUCUACAAACUGGACAUAAUGUCCCAAGUUACGACCGGACUUUUGUUUCUGCCAAUUUGACUGAUGCAAUCGCUAAAUUAAGAAAAACACUUAGAGGGAAUAACACCGCAACUGAAAAACACGAAUUUCAAGCUUUGCUUAUUCGUUUUGAGUUUUUCUCUUCACUUUUGGAAAUGUUUGAUUUUUUGUUGCCUUCAAAAGGGACUCUUUAUUUGUUGAAUGCGGGUAUUAAUGAAACAGAAAUUGACCCUUUUAUUCCAAAUUUAUACAGUGCUGGAGAACAACUUCAAAAAUGUUUACAUUUCCACAAAAGAAUAUUGGCUACAAUAAAUUUUGGAAAGCAACCACCUAAAGAUGAAAGGGAUUCACUUUUUGAUUGGUUAUCAACUUUUGAUAGUAAUACAUAUCUUUAUAUGUCAACUGCUGGACUUCCAAGGAAAUUACAAUUAUUUUCGAGAUUAGAAGGUUAUAAAUAUAUUGAAGAUACACUUGAAACUAUUGGAGAAAUUAUUAUGAGUGUGCCUGAUUAUGUGACUACAACUUGGGGAAUUUUGGUUUAUUUUUUAAUUUAAUUUUGGUGGAUCGGUUUGACAUUUCGGGAUCAUUCCAUUCGCUUGGAUUGAUAAAAAUAAAGAAAUUAAUUAUUG